CCAGCCUGUCGUCUUUUCUAGAUCAGCUUGCUGUGUCAGUGGAAGAAAUUUCCUUCGCGUGGAAUAAUUGUAUUUUACGAGUGAGUUUUUCUUUAGACUUGAGGUAGAAUUCUUGCAGUUUGCGAAGUAUUGUAGAUGGUAGCGGUGCUUGCUGAGGGAGAGACCACGCUACAUAUGGUGCCAUUGGUGGUGUAACCAUGGCAAGGGAGACUCUUCCCAAGGCAGAGUACCUAUUCAGCCUUGUAGAGAGGAAUGAACAUCAGCAGUUGAGGAAGGCAAUCCUUCAAGAGGACAGUACCCUGAAGGAAGGUGUAUCAAAUCUGAUAUAUACCAACUAUGAUAAAGAGAAGGAGCCAUUACUGGGUCGGUUGCUAUACCAGGCCUGCUAUGAUGGCCAGCUGGAGUGUGCCUGCAUCCUUGCAGACUGUUGCGGAGAAACAGUCAUCAACCAGUUGUACCGCCACUAUCUGAGUGGAUGGUGGAGCACCACUCCACUACAUAUAGCAUGUAGGGAGGGUUACGUCGAUAUUGCCAAGCACCUUGUCAAGUGUAAAGCCAAGGUGGACAAGACUGAUUCGUGCGGUGACUUUCCUGUUCAUGACGCUGCUACAGGCGGACAUCUGAAAGUCGUCAAGUUCCUACUAGACAUCCAACCCGACAUGAUCUCUGCGAAGAACAGGGAUGGGAGAACUCCUCUUUGUGAAGCAGUGUACUGGAGGGGAACAGGUUGUGUGCCAUACUUGCUGGAAGUCACCUGGACCAAGCUUGCAUAUGAUGAGGCCAAGGAGAUUGUGGAGCAAGCCAGAAGGAUAGCUCAAUAUCGUGGGAAAACGCAAACGUGGUACUUGAUUAAGACCAGCUUGAUACGUGAAGAAUUUGGUGUUGAGGGUUACACUGAUCCUACUGAACUGAUUGCCAACGUGUGUGGAGCAGAAGGUUCAGGAAAAUCUACCUUCAUUGCAUCCUUCACAGCAGAAGGCUUCUUCAAUAAACUGCUACGUCAGGAGAAUCAACCGGACAUGAAGGCAAAAGAUUUAGCAUCCCGAACAAAGGGAAUUGAAGAAACCAUUUACAACCAAUCGCAGGUGAAGGUGCAUUUUCGCGACUUCGCUGGCCAAGAACAUUAUACCGAGUCACAUGACAUAUUCACGGUUGCCAUGACAGCACCAUCUGUUGCCGCAAUAGUGGUGGACGGCACAGAGUGUGUUGAUGAGAUCACACAGACUGUCAGUGCAACUGCCGCCAAUAUUGUCUGUCGCCUGUCUGCACCUGAUGAUGGUUCUCUACCGACUGUGCAACAAGAACAAGAGCAGCAGCAGCAGCACCACCACCACCAGGAAGAUCUGCAACAGGCGGAGAAACUUGAUGUCAUCGCAAUUGCCACACGAGCUGACCAGCUAACACCAGAAGAGUGCAUUGAAGUGGAGAAGGCCAUAAGGAGGGGAAUGAAAUCAUUCUCUCAGCGCUUAGAUCUCUCCAUUGUGAGAGUAGUGGACGCUAGAAAGUCCAACAGUUACAGCAUGAAUGAUCUAAGAAGUGAAUUCAUGCACUUGAUCAAUCGAGUGUUGGCGAAGUCCCCAAAGCAACCGUGUUUGCUGCAGAAGGCUCGGAAGCAUUUGGAUGAGGUUCAGGCAUCGAUGCCCGAUCCAUACUGUUCAAGAGCCGAGUUCGUUGCGGCAUUCAAGAAGGCAAUCCAAGGAACCAAAGAGGCACUGCCGAAACGCCUCACUGAGCAGAUCGACAGCUUUCUACGCGUCCUGACUGCUUACGGAUAUGUCAUCACAUUCCCAGAGCUGAAUGAUUUGGUGGUUCAUCAGCCUCGCUGGCUCCUGCAGGACGUGAUCGGGUUUAUGUACUCGUCCAACGUCUUCCCCCACCGCCCUGAUGGCAUUGCCAGGGAAUACAAGAUGAGUGAAGAGGAGUUCGUCCGUUCUCUGACUGCCUUCGCCACAGUCGGUGAGAAAGCUCCGCUCUGCGUGCGUAUGGUUCUACAGCUCGGCUUGACCAUCCGCCAUGAGAAAGAUAUCCUUGCUCUCUCUCUGUUUCCCGAGUGCACACAGCCAUUGAAGGUGCACAGAGCCUUCAUGACCUCACAAGUGAUGGUAGGUUCUGUGUAUACCUGCAAUGGCUGUGUGCCAUUCUCAUCUGGUCUCAUUGUUCAAUGCCAGGCACGUGCGUACGACUACUCCGCCUGCUUUUUCUCCAGCACUGAUCCCAUGUUCUUCAAGAACACCAUCAUUGUCCACCCAUAUCCGCACACAACAGCGCUGAUUGUGUUUUCGUCCGACCGUCAGCGUUGUUGUAUUGCAGUGGCGUCUAGUUGCAGGAGGUACCUGCAAGUAGUUCAUCAUGUUCACUGGUUAUUUCAAGCUCUCUUCCUUGACCUACUCAAGAGAUACAGUCGUGGUACUUCGGUAGAGCCCACUGUACUCAGCCUGAGCAGCAUGCGUCAGCUUAUCCAGCAAUCCGCUUCACCAGCUGCCAUCAGUUCAGUGGUUGCUUCCUACUCGUCCGAAGCCGUCAUUCUUGCCUCAAGCAGUGUGCAAAGCAAAGAUGUCAAGGAUGCCAGCGGUGUGUGCAUGGACUCGGUGCUGGAUCUCCACUAUGUUCCUGCCACGCACAUCACGAUGCUUCCUGCCGCAUGUACUGAUCGCCUGGAGAGGCUGCGAGAUUCUUCAUUCUUGCGCGAUCUCCAAACACAUGUUGACGUCAGUGAGAGUGAAACCAGCCGGCUUGUUGGCCCCCCAUUCGUGUCGUCCGCUGUACCCAGUGGGCUGAAUGCCUCGCUGGUGUUGUUGGCAUGGUGCCGACAAUCUCAUCGUCACACAUCUACUGUGCUAUACAGCAGAUUAGCUCAGCACUGCUUUUCUUCAACAUUCUCCAUUUUCUACCAAGAGAUCUGCAGGAUGCUGGUGGAGAAUGAGAACAUGUUGAUGGAAGCAUUCCCGGACAUCAUCACCUAUGAACAGCGGCAGUUGAAGGAGCAAGAACGUCUUCGUUGCCAGGCCGACAAUAUACCAUUGGCGGAUGAUUGGUUCUCGACUGAACGCAAGACGUCAUUCCUGGGACAGAAUCCCUCCAUGGGAAUGCUACGAUCUCACCUCCAUAAAAUGCAUGUUACGGAUAAGCUGAUCGUGGACUCGGAUCACUACACUCUGGUCCAGGAAGCUGAGGUAGCAGCAGAGUUGCUCACAUCAACAGUAGCACCAGCAGCAGUAGCACCGGCACCAGCAGCAGCAGCAACAGCAGCAGCAAAAGCAGCAGCAGCAGCACCAGGAGCAGCAACAGCAGCAGCACCAGCAGCACCGGCAGCAGCAACAGCAGCAGCACGAGGAGCAACAGCAGCAGCACCAGCAGCACCAGCACCAGCAGCACCAGCAGCAGCCGCACCAGCACCAGCAGCACCAGCAACAGCACCACCAGCAGCAGCAGCACCACCAGCAGCAGCAGCACCAGCAGCACCAGCAGCAGCACCACCAGCACCACCAACAGCAGCACCAGCAGCAGCCGCAGCACCAGCAGCAUCAGCAGAAGCAGCAGCAGCGGCAGCAGCACCAGCAGCACCAGCACUGACUGCAGCAGAGAGUGAAGCCGAUCCAUUUGAGGACGACUCAUUCACCGCACAUAUCUUACCAAAGCUGUAUAAGAUAUCUUGUGAUGCACUGCGGCAAAGCGUUCAGGCACAAGGACUCCUGAGUGGUUUUGAUCCCCUUCCGGAACUAAACCGUAUAGAACGAGUUGAAGGUGUAGAGAGUCAUCACUUGAAGUUGAUUGGAUACAUCCGUGCUGGAGAGCGAGAUGCAUACAGAAAGCUGUGUGCAGCAGUGAGCAAGCUCAACUUGCAAGAUCUGCACAACACCAUGCUAAGGCUACUGUAGUAGGAAGUCUAGUCAUGAUGUGAUUGUGGAAGACUGCUUUCUCCCAGCACUCCAUGUACAUCACUGUUCAGAUUGUGGAAGACUGCUUUCUCCCAGCACUCCAUGUACAUCACAACAAUCAUACUCACACAGUGGACAUAACUCGUUGCCGGUAUCCCGGUAUACUUGUUUGUGUCAUUCUUCCCCUGCCACUGCUCUGCCCUAUCCAACGUGUUCUUUUUCCUCAUCUCCACAUGUAUCAUAAUAUUGUAUUCUUGAGUUGAUUGCUCACCAGUUGUGGAUAUGCUCCAUGUUUAUUCUUUUCAAGGUGACCGACCUUGAGAAUAUUUUCUCAAAGAGCAGCUCCACCACCUCCCCCCCCCCCCCCCCAUCUUCCCUCCUCUCUCCCAAUUUCACAUGCGCACACGCGAGCAUGUGCGCACAUACAUAAUGUGUUCCAUUGUUUGCUGUGCUUGCCAAGACUGUUGGUAUGUUUCCAUGGACUGUGUUUUUUUGCUAAUAAAUGUUCCUACUCUUGAAAAUUCAAUUUGGCUUACUCAAGAGCAUCGUUCUUUUGUUCUUAUUUUUGCAGCUACAUCUCUACAUAUAUAUGUCCCUAGUCUUUAAUAAAAUUUAUUAUGACUUGCUCUAAGGCACCUCUAUUUGCUGUAACAAUUGCACAGUAUUCUUUUCAUUUUUCACUUGAUUUUGUUCACAUUUUUGCUUGUGCGUGCAUACAUAAUUAAUUUUGUUCUAUUGUUUGCUGUGCUUGCCAAGACUGCUGGUAUGUUUCCAUGGACUGUGUUUUUUUGAAUAUUUCUCCCACCUCUCUCCCAAUCCCACACGCGAGCACGUGCGCGCAUACAUAUUUUGUUAUAUUGUUUGCUGUGCUUGCCAAGACUGCUUGUAUGUUUGCUAAUACAAAGUAUAAUGUACAUGUACAUGUAUAUAUAAAUGUUCCUAAAAUUCAAUUUGGUUUGCUCUAGAGCAUCUUUGCUUUGUUCUUAUUUUUUGCAGCUACAUCUCUACAGAAAUAUCCCUAGUCUUUAAACUUCACUAUGGCUUGCUCUAAGGCACCUCUAUUUGCUGUGACAAUUGCACAGUAUUCUUUUCAUUUUUCACUUGACUUUGUUCACAUUUUUGCUUCUGCUGAGACUUGAAUUGACCCAGUAUUGAACUUGGCAGCUGAACUUCAUCUCCCUUCCUCAUUUUUUUGCCAGAACAGGUCAUGCCGUUUGUCUCUUCUCCACUUUGCGUGCUUAUUUGAGAAAUUAAUGUGAUGGAAAUCAUAUCCGUGUAA